GCAGAAGCGCCGCCCCUCCCCCACGGCUCCUCCUCCUAGCAGCUAGCCAGCUAGCCGCGGCUGAAGCCGGACAAACAGCCCCGACUCCGGCCGCAUUAAAGGGACCCAGAACGCUGAGCUCCGGCUCGACGAGUCUUCGUCCCCGGUGAGCUCCGAGCCUCCUGCCCGGUGAGCCUGAGCCUCGUGCCCGGCGAGCAUCGAGCCUUCUCCCCGGCUCUCCGGGAGCCGCCAUGACGGCCAGUUAGCAGCGGAGCUAGCUGCAGUUAGCUCCGGGAGAGCCGGAGCCUCUGACGCCGCUCUUCACCCCCCAGAGGUCGGAUUAAGUGCCAUGUCAUCAUCCGCUCCCCGCAGCCAGGCGUCGUACCGGUCCAGUCUGUGCAGAACUCUGAGGGAUCAUGCUGAGUGACGUCCUCCUCUGCGUCUGAACCGGACCGGCAGCAGCAGCUCGGCGCCGUUCCCUUUUACCCGGACCGUUCCUGGGUUCGGUACCAGGAGGAUGGCCUUCCACGGCGCCGGCCGGCAGACCGUCUGCGGAGAUCUGUUCCCCGGUUCUGAGCUGGGCCACAAGUUCUUCUGUGUCGGGUCGUCCUGCGGCGCCCCCUCCACGGGCCUCAGCGCCACGCCGUGUCUGACCGGACCCAGCGCCCCGGCCGGAACCCCCCGCCACCCCACGGCGCUGGGGGGGGGCGGCGGCGGCGGGGCGGCCGUGCCUCAGCCGUACAGCAACCCGGCCAGCGAGGUGCCGAGCCCGGCCGAGAUGGAACCGGACCGACCCAUCGGAUACGGAGCCUUCGGCGUUGUCUGGUCGGUGACGGAUCCUCGGGACGGCCGGAAGGUUGCUCUGAAGAAGAUGCCCAAUGUCUUCCAGAACCUGGUCUCCUGUAAGCGGGUCUUCAGAGAGCUGAGGAUGCUGUGCUUCUUCAAGCACGACAACGUUCUGUCGGCUCUGGACAUUUUACAGCCUCCGCAGAUCGACUGCUUCGAGGAGAUCUACGUGAUCACGGAGCUGAUGCAGAGCGACCUGCACAAGGUGAUCGUGUCUCCUCAGCCUCUCACCACCGACCACAUCAAGGUCUUCCUCUACCAGAUCCUCCGAGGGCUGAAGUACCUGCACUCUGCCGGGAUCCUGCACCGAGACAUCAAGCCCGGGAACCUGCUGGUCAACAGCAACUGCCUGCUGAAGAUCUGUGACUUCGGGCUGGCCCGCGUGGAGGAGCCCGACCCGUCUCGUCACAUGACCCAGGAGGUGGUGACCCAGUACUACAGGGCGCCGGAGGUUCUGAUGGGCUGCCGGCACUACGGCUCCGCCAUCGACGUCUGGUCGGUCGGCUGCAUCUUUGCCGAGCUGCUGGGCCGGCGCAUCCUGUUCCAGGCUCAGAGCCCGAUCCAGCAGCUGGACCUGAUCACGGAUCUGCUGGGAACGCCCCCCCUGUCCGCCCUGGCUUCAGCCUGCGAAGGCGCCCGGGCCCACAUCCUGAGGGGCCCCCACAAACCGCCGUCGCUGUCGGUGCUCUACAUGCUGUCGGACGGCGCCACACACGAGGCGGUGCACCUGCUCUGCCGCAUGCUGGUCUUUGACCCGGCCAAGAGGAUCUCUGGCAGCGACGCGCUGUCCCACCCCUACCUGGACGAGGGCCGGCUGCGCUACCACACCUGCAUGUGCCAGUGCUGCUACUCGGUACCGAGCGGCCGGGUCUACACCCGCGACUUCGAGCCCGCCGCCGAGCGGCCCUUCAGCCACAGCUACGAGAACAGCCUGCUGUCGGUGUGGCAGGGGAAAGAACUGAUCCAUCGCUUCAUCACGGAGCACCAGCAGGGCAAACGGGUUCCUCUGUGCAUCAACCCUCAGAGCGCCGCCUUCAAGACCUUCAUCAGGUCCACGGCGUGGCAUUCCUCCAAGGUGUCCAGGAAGGAGGAGAGAUGAACUCGUCUUCAGCACCGGGACGAGGCGCAGCAGUCGGAACCGGCAGUUUGGACCUUUUCUUUCUUUCCUGCUUCGCCCCGAUGGGAGAAACUGAUGAACCCUUCCUGACAGAAACAGACCGACCUCAUGUUGUUGAUUUCUGUUGGUUCUCCCCGACCCACCCAGAACCACCCAGAACCACCCAGAACCACACUCCUCAGUGUUCAGUGCUGCUGACGUUCCUUCACUGGUUGCAGCUGCUUGACCCGGUUCGUUCAAGUCAUUCCAGCCCGGUUAGAAACCCACUUCCUGCUCCCCGCUCGUGGCCACGCCCCCUUCCUUCAACCGCCUCACCUCAUUGCUCACUGUGCCCCCCCCCCCCCCCCCUCGCGACAGCAAUGCAACCUCACCAGAUGUAGCAGGUCCAACCGACACUUCCUGGUUCUCCUCGCGGUCGGGUCGUCAGAAGGGUUCUGAUGGACUUUCAGGGUGAAGAUGCUGGAGGUCAGGAAGUUCUGCAGCAUUUGUGUCGUUUUCCUGCCUCCAUGUUGGUCCGGACGGCGUCAGAACCUUUCUAGCAGUACUAGUGAUGACGGCGCUCACAGCGGCGCGGGUAGUUCCACACAUCUCUCCUUUGUCCGCCCCGUUUUACCUCGUCCUUCGUCUCCGACCCGGUUCUGGGAGCAGGAUGUGUUUGGGUAAAUGCUGCUGUGUUUUGGUUCAGGUGUUCUGUUGUAGUUGAAACAUAGAAACCCAAACUGCGCUGCUCCCGGUAUCCAUCUUGGUUUGAAUUAACAGGAUCCGUCUGGAUCCGGACAUUUUUACAAACGGGUCACAGAAUCUGAUCCGGCAGCUGAUGGUUCCUCCAAGGAGUUUAAAUGUUUCAGUGACGUCUGCUCUCUGCAGAACAUCCAGCAGGAUCAGAACCUCGUGUUCUGUUGGAUUGUUCUGGAUAUUUAGCCGCCCGUCUGAGUUCAGAGUUCUGCUCGUUUAACUUCAGGAACAAAAUAAAUAAAAUCA